UGCAACUGUUACCCCUGUUUGAAGAAUAGGAAGCAGAAAGACAUGUCUUGUGACACCAGGACUUGAACCCGAGCAUAUACCCAUUCUCUUAAACUACCAUGCAAGGCCUAUUUCUCUAAGCCUCAGUCUCCUAGUCUAAAAAGCAGUAAUAAACAGACCUAUCUUUUAGGGUUUUGGGUAGGGUUAAAUGAAGCAAUGCAUAUGAAGAGGCCGAUGCUGGAUCUAGAUAUUAAUGAUCAGUUACUAUUAGCUGUUGGUUGGCCACUUUUCUGAUUUUCCUCUGGUGCUUUUGUUCUUUGUCUCCCUUGUAGUUUAUUCUUCGUCGGCCUGUUCUUUAAACAAUGGUAUUCUAGAGUUCCACUUUUGACCUGCUGUUUUAUAGCAUUCUGCAUAAUUUCCCUUCAGAAGGUUUAUCCACUUUCCUAGUUUUUAACUACUGCCUACUACCUGUAAUCUGAUGACCCAAUUCCAUACAUUUCCGCCAAGCUAUAGCCUGUUGUAGCCAAAUGUCUGCUGUGCAUCCACCUUUGGGCAUCCCCACGUGUCCCUUGCGCUUGAUGUGGGUAAAACUGGAAAAUUUUUAAUGUAAAAUGGAACUGAAGGAUAUGAAGUGGAGAACCUCACACAUGCACCCGCAGAAAAUGGAACUCAAAAGACUGAGACUGACUUCUCACAAAUAAUCUGAUUUAUAGAGGGUUGAAAUUUAUCCUCUGACCAAUGAGCAUACACCAAGAAUGUCUUCCAUCUUCAAGCCAGUGAACUUGCUGCUUGGCCCCUUGCUGGUCUUUCCCCUCUUACACUCCUUGCCCAUAAAAGCAACCCAAGUAAAACCUUCAGCGGACUCCUACAGCUUGCUGACGUUUGAAUGUCCCAAGUUGUAGAUCCUCUACUAUUCCUGAAUAAACUCCGUUUCUGGCAACUCGACUUUGCCUUAGUUUAUCUCUCUUCUCUUAGGUAGACAUUACAUGGUAUCAAAGUGAGAUCUGAAGAAGGUGAUCACCAGGAACACCAACCUCCAGAAAUAAAUUUGUACUGCACUUUGAGUGCUCCUCCUGACAUGGAGAGGAUUGAGGAACAAUUCGCUAACCUGAACAUUGUUAAACGUUCCUCGGGGACUACAGAGCCUACUUACCUGCUGGGCAUAGAUGCAUCAAAAACCGUACAAGCAGAAAAAGAAAGCUUGAUCGCUGUUUUAUGUUCUAACGGAUCAAUCAGAAUCUAUGAUAAAGAGAGGUUAUACAUACUACGAGAAUUUCGUGGCUAUCCUGGACUUCUCAAUGGAGUCAAAUUUGCAAAUUCUUGUGACAAUAUAUAUUCAUCAUGUACUGACGGCACUGUAAAAUGUUGGGACGCUCGAUUAGCCAGUGAAAAACCCGUCCAGCUGUUCAAGGGUUACCCUUCCAAUAUUUUCAUUAGUUUUGAUAUCAGCUGUAAUGAUCACGUCAUUUGCGCUGGUACAGAAAAAGUUGAUGAUGAUGCAUUGCUGGUAUUUUGGGAUGCAAGAAUUAAUUCUCAGGAUUUGUCUACUUCUAAAGACCCACUUGGAGCAUAUUCAGAGACACACAGUGAUGACGUCACUCAAGUACGCUUCCAUCCCAGCAAUCCCAACAUGGUGGUCUCCGGUUCAACUGAUGGCCUGGUGAACGUAUUUGAUAUUAGUAUUGAUAAUGAAGAAGAUGCACUGGUUACGACCUGUAACUCUGUUUCUUCCGUAAGCUGUAUUGGUUGGUCUGGGAAGGACUAUAAACAGAUUUAUUGCAUGACACACGAUGAAGGAUUUUGUUGGUGGGAUCUUAAUCAUCUGGAUACUGAUGAACCAAUUACACGUUUGAACAUCCAGGAUGUCAGAGAAGUAAUUAAUGUGAAAGGAGGCAUUUUGGACUAUUUGGUUGGUGGCCUGUAUCACGAAAAAAUGGACAAAUUGUUUGUUGUUGGGGGAACAAACACAGGAAUUAUUCACUUACUGAGCUGUACUACAGCAGGAUUGAUUCAUGUGACCAGCCUUCACGGAGGGCAUGCUGCUACAGUCCGUUCUUUCUGUUGGAAUAUGCAAGAUGAUUCUUUGCUAACCGGAGGGGAAGAUGCACAGUUGUUACUUUGGAAACCUGGAGCAUUAGACAAGGCAUUUACAAAGAAAGACAGCAUGAAAAUAGCAUCCUCUGUGUACCAGCGAGUUCGAGUUCACAGUAAUGAUUCUUACAAGAGAAGGAAGAAGCAGUGAUGUGAUGUUGGGAGCUUCCUUGAAAGGUUUUAUAGUUGCAAGUAAUUAUCUUUGUGUUCUACCUGUGAUAGAUCUGUUUAAAGCUCAUAUGUAAAAACAAGCCAGUUAGCAAACAAUCCUGGAAAAACGCUGAAAAUGGUUUAAUUCACGUCUUCAUGUAUUCUAAAAUUAUUUUUUUUAAAGCUGCCAGUUGAGUAUAUAAUCAGUGAGUUGAAAGUAAAAUUACAUUCCUCAUUUUUAAAACCCAUCUGUUGAGUUAGUAAAUGUUGGGUUUUAAGAAAUAGCUUUGAUAAGGACUUUUUAGAAGUAGAUGGCUGAUAUGACUUUAAAAAAUCAGGUGGUUUGAGCUAUAUUUUGUAAGCUCAGUUUUUUACAUUUUAAAUCAUCUUCGUUAUUUAUAAAACCAAAUCAGACUGUUUUCUGUCUGAGCUCCUACUUGCUUAAUACACAUAGAUUAUGUUGGAGUAUUUAAAUGUAAAUAUUCUAAUGAUUCUAAAUAGUACUAAGCUUUUUUAGAAAUUAAGUGAUUUGCGUCUAUUUAAAAAUAUAUAUUUAGUAAAUAUUUGCAUCUAUAUUUUAAAAUGGUUAAAUAGUAAGCAGGUAUUUCAUUGAGGAAAAAGAAAUUAUCUUGCAAAAUUCAUUUUGAGUCCGUGGAAAUACAGCAAUGAAAGUAUAAUAGCAGAAUGACUUUUUUAUUUCAAAGUAGUCUAGUAUUUUGUGAUAAAAUUUUCUUUCAUAGUGCUUUAUCCAUAUUUUUAAACAUAAGAGCCCAUGGGGAGUGGGGGCCAUGCAAGAGUUGGCCGCCAGAGCUUAAAGGGGGACACCACCAUAAUCUAAUUUAAACGUGAAUUUUUGUUUACUGCUAAUUUUUUCAUCCUUCUACGUAUUUUUCCAAGGUAUCCUAAUAAAAAGUUGGUCACUCUAAAGGUUUAGUAUGU